AUGAUUUUCUACCUCUUGACAUAUUUGGUUACUGUUCUUUAUCUUAGUGCAUUCAGUGUCUCGUCUAAUUGUGCUCCUCGGUCGCCCUCCAAGCAUUACGAUGGCACGAUUCAGGGCCAAGGUGCCUACCGGCUGAUCGCGGAUAGCAACAUUUGUGAAACUACGCCUGGAGUCCAUACUUACUCCGGCUACAUUAACAUUUCCCAUAAUCACUCAAUGUUUUUUUGGUUCUUUCAAGCGCGUAACAAUCCUCAGAGCGCGCCGUUCACUCUCUGGUUAAACGGAGGCCCAGGAUGCAGCAGUCUGAUCGGUGCUUUCCAAGAAAACGGCCCUUGUAAGGUCAACGCACAAGGUAACGCAACGACCUUGAAUCCUUACUCAUGGAAUAAAUACGCUCAUGUUCUUUAUUUGGACCAACCGAUUCCUGCGGGUUUCUCAUACGGCAUUCACGACGUCUACAGUACACAGCAAGCGGCGCACCGCGUUUGGAAAUUCUUCCAAAUCCUUUUCAGUAUCCCCCAUUUCUCGACGUAUGAGUCUCGCGAACUAUCUUUUUGGACUGAGAGCUAUGGGGGCCAGUACGGCCCUAAAUUCACAGAACACUUUGAACAUCAGAACAGCAUGAUCAAAGCGAAGAAGAUUGAAGGACAUAUCGUACAUCCUGCCUCCUUGGGAAUAACUACUGGCUGGUUUGACCCCUACUACCAUUACCCAUCGUACUACGACUAUGCCCAAGCCAAAUAUAACCACGUAGAGGAUCUUGUGGAGUCAUAUGUCUUAGCCGGGAUCAAAAAAGCCUUGGACUCUCCCAACGGCUGUGUAGCCCAGAUCAAGCAAUGUGCCUACACUGGUAAUAACACGAUUUGUCGAGAAGCCGACGACUUUUGCACGCGAUACGUGUCAAACCCUGCCAUGGGAGAGAGGAAUCCGUACUUCUUUACCAAUCCGAGGACGGAUCCUUUCCCAUCAGAAUCAUAUCUCAAAUAUUUAGCCAUGCCGGAAGUCACGAGUGCAAUCGGUGCGGAAUCAAAAUUCACCGAAUGCCCAGAUGGUCCCAAUGACGAUUUCACAACCACUGGAGACGCCGCCAGGUCCUCGACCCCAGCACUUGCUAAGCUACUCGACAAAGGAUUGCGUACUGUGAUUUGGGCUGGUGACCGUGAUUUUAUUUGUAACACGCUCGGUGGUUAUCGAUCCAUUAGCUCGAUGAAGUGGAAAUAUGCAGAAGAAUUCCGCAAAGCACCUUGGUCUACGUUACACUUCAAAGGCCAAAUCGCUGGAAAAUACAAGACAGCCGGUCCCUUGACCUACAUCACAGUGUACAACGCAGGUCACGAAAUUCCCGCAUACAAACCAGAACUGGCCUUAGAGGUUUUCAGACAAACCAUCUUGCAUGAACCUAUUCACAGUACCUAG